AGUAUUUUUUCACGCCGGCUACGUUAGGUUUACAACUCAAGAGAAGGUGUAUGACAAUUUGCGUUGUAUAUUUCAGCUUUUAGUUAUCCCUUUACAAAAAUGAGAACACGCGUAUUGCUUUGCACAGUAAUGAUAUUGUAAUUCAUGUCAUUUAGCUAGCUAGCCAUUUCCUUUAACAUAUGUAAUGGUGGAUGGAGUGGGGAGCUAGUGAGCUAAAAGUUGCUGCUUCAUGGUAGCUCGAGAGCUAGCACUUAGCUAGCAAGCAUACUAAUUGAUAGAGCGUGCGCUAUUACAAAAGUUGUAACUAUGGCAUAAACAGAAGUUAACGUUAACUUGCAAUGAAUCAACUCAUAUUGCAUUUUAAAGGAAACUACUAAGAUGUCUCGUCGAUAUGAUUCAAGAACAACCAUCUUCUCGCCUGAAGGCCGCCUAUACCAGGUAGAGUAUGCCAUGGAGGCCAUUGGUCACGCUGGCACUUGUCUGGGGAUUUUGGCCAAUGACGGUGUGCUGCUGGCGGCUGAGAGGAGGAACAUCCACAAGCUAUUGGACGAGGUGUUUUUCUCAGAAAAGAUCUACAAGCUGAAUGAGGAUAUGGCGUGUAGCGUGGCUGGAAUCACAUCCGAUGCCAACGUACUGACCAAUGAGCUGAGACUAAUAGCACAGAGAUACCUACUGCAGUACCAGGAGCCUAUCCCCUGUGAGCAGCUGGUUACAGCUCUGUGUGACAUCAAACAGGCCUACACACAGUUUGGAGGGAAAAGGCCGUUUGGCGUGUCUCUGCUGUACAUGGGUUGGGACAAACACUAUGGUUUCCAGCUCUACCAGAGUGACCCCAGCGGCAACUACGGAGGCUGGAAGGCCACCUGUAUCGGCAACAAUAGUGCCGCGGCCGUGUCCAUGCUGAAGCAGGACUUCAAAGAAGGAGAGAUGUCUCUGUCCUCUGCCCUGGCUCUGGCCGUCAAAGUGCUCAACAAGACUAUGGACGUCAGCAAGCUGUCUGCUGAGAAAGUGGAGAUCGCCACUCUGACCAGAGAGAACGGAAAGACUUGCAUCAAGGUGCUGAAACAGAAGGAAGUGGAUGAGCUGAUCAAGAGACAUGAGGCGGAGGAGGCCAAAGCGGAGAAAGAGAAGAAGGAAAAAGAGCAGAAGGAGAAAGACAAAUGAGUGGCCCACAUUGUUACUUUUCUGUAAAAAAAAUCCAAAUAGUUCAGGUUUUCUAAAUUGUUCUUUGACUAUCUGUUGUAUUUCUUUAAAUAAAGGCUAAAUACUAUACA